AUGCCUCGCCGCAAGCCCUCACCACUCGCAAAUCCAGCAGACCAGCGCAAGUCACCGUUGAUGGGCUUGCCAGCUGAGCUACGCAAUCGCAUCUACCACUACACCUUCGAGGACAGCUUGGUCGACAUUCCGGCUCGUCGCAAGCCAAACACUAAGGGCCGUCUGGAAGCGCCAGGUCUCCUCGUCUCAUGCAAGCAAGCAUACGCGGAAGCCGUCAGCAUCUACUACUCCACAGUGACCUUCGAAAUACUCAAUCUUCACGGAAAAGGCUACACGAACCGCUUGCCCAAGUUCUUGGAGUACAUAGGUCAGGAGAAGAGGGCUCUCAUCCAGAGCAUCCGAGUGGGUUAUGCUACUUCGAGCCCUAUGUGGUCUCUUGCGCUUUGGAACGUGGAAGGUUUCGUGCUCACCGGUAUCUACAUCACGCAGAGCAUUCACCUCGACCAGGCGUACAAGGACUGUAGGGCCAAGCAGGUUGUGCUCAAGGAAGGCGUGAUCAAGGCUGGACUCUCCCUUCCUGACGAUCACGGGGGCUCCGAGACAUUCUGGACCAGUGAGCCAGAGAAGAUUGGGAAGGACUUCUUGGCCAGGCGUGCGAAGAGGGACUAG